AUGUCUCGAUAUUUUAUUGUCUUCGCUUUCUGCUUCAUCGCAGUACAAGCAAAGCCAGAGACUAAGAAAAGAGAGGCAUCUGCAUCUCUUAUACCUACGAGACACACUUAUUCAGAAUAUCACAACAAGGUAGCAAUACCUAUCCCUCAUCCUGUGCCAGUCAAUGUUCCCAGGCCAGUACCAGUAACAGUACCGGUUGGGGUGCCAGUAGACAGCCCUCGGCCUGUGCCUGUACCUGUGCCACAGCCAGUAGCACACAUUAUAUCUAGACCAGUAGCGGUACCAAUCAAUCGCCCCGUACCUGUACCAGUGGCUCAACCCGUGCCAGUAACUGUGACUCAGGGCGUUGGCAUCCCUGUGCCUCAGCCUUAUGCGGUCAGUGUUCCCGCCCCAGUACCAGUAGGAGUGCUACAACCAGUAGCUGUUCCUGUAGCUGCUGUUGCUAGUGGUAUUGGCGGAGGCAUUGGUGGUAUUGGUGGUGGAAUCGGAAGUAUUGGUAGUGGUACCGGUGGCAUUGGUGGUCUCAUCAGCGGUGGAUAUGGCAGCGGUAUCAUUAGUGGAAUUGGAUCGGGCCUAUCUCUUGGGGGCCUUAAAUCUAUCGGCGUCCCCGUAGCCUCGGCACCAGUUGCGGUAUCGUCUAAAGUUAUUUCUUUGGGACAACCGGUUAUAUCAUCAGGUUCUAUUAUUUCCUCUGGUUACGGUUACGGACAUGGCGGUGGCUAUGGACAUGGGUCGUACUAUGGACAUGGAUCACAUUGGGGACCC